AUGUCCAAGCUUUCCUUGGCCGCCCUCUUCAUUGUGCUUUUGGCCGUCGCGGCCAGCCCUCGUCAACGCCGCCAACUAGGGCUGUUGGCCGCCGAAAACGCCGCCAUCCGCAACGCUCAAGUCAACAACGCUGUCCUGACGAACACCGCCAUUGCGAACGCGAACGCGAACGCCGCGCGCGUCCGCAACGCCGCCCUCACCAACACCGCCAUCGCCAAUGCGAACGCCGCCCGUGUCCGCAACGCCGCCCUCGUGAACCAGCAGAUUGCGGCGAAUUCGGCGCGACGCCAAGCUGUCGCCGCUCGCACCGCCGCCAAUUUGAACACCGCUUUAGCGGUGAGCCAGGCAAGGACUGCGCAAGUCGCCGCGAACACCGCUGCCGCGCAAGCCAGAGCGAGAGCUAACAUUGCCGCCACAAAUGCGGUGGCCCGCGCCAACGCCGCUGCCGCUCGGAACAACGCCUUGUUGUAUGGAUAA